AUGCUUAGAUCACAGUUGGUUAAGAACAAGGCUCUUCACAGGGCCACCGCUAGAGGGUACUCUCAAAAUGUAUGGACCCGGUUUGUCAGGAGUGCUCCAGCAACGUGUCGUUACACCGCUGUGAGGUGUGCGUCUCGCAGUUCCUCGGCAAGACCAGAACCGUCGCCCAGUUUCGACUUGGAUCCAGCUACGUCACUGUACAAAGCAUCCAAUGAAUCAUCCAUUAAAAGGUCCAAACUGUCAGAUAAGUUACGUUCAGCGACUGAACUGGAUAACUCGCUGGUGGGGCUCACUGGGGGGCAGAUCUUCAACGAGAUGAUGAGUAGACAUAACGUCGAUACAGUGUUCGGAUACCCUGGUGGUGCUAUCCUCCCAGUGUACGACGCAAUCUACGGGUCUGAAAACUUCAAGUUCGUACUACCUAAGCAUGAACAAGGUGCGGGCCACAUGGCUGAGGGAUACGCUAGAGCAUCAGGGAAACCUGGUGUUGUGUUGGUCACCUCGGGGCCAGGUGCGACAAAUGUAGUGACACCAAUGGCGGACGCUUUGGCAGAUGGGGUGCCCAUGGUAGUGUUCACGGGGCAAGUGCCCACAAACGCCAUUGGGACAGACGCGUUUCAGGAGGCUGAUGUCGUCGGGAUCUCGAGAUCCUGCACUAAAUGGAACGUCAUGGUUAAAAACGUCGCCGAGUUGCCCAAACGUAUUAACGAGGCCUUCGAAAUCGCAAUGUCCGGUAGACCUGGACCAGUUCUAGUGGACCUCCCCAAGGAUGUCACCGCAGCGGUGCUAAGAGAGGCUAUUCCAACGGAAAGUACUCUGCCCUCUUUGAACGGGGGCGCCACCACGGGGGCCACCGUCUUCGACGAGUUCUUAGCCCCAGCGAUCAACAAAGCAGCUGACCUCAUCAACUUGGCCAAGAAACCAGUAUUGUACGUGGGGAACGGUAUCCUCAACAACGAGGACGGUCCACGUCUGCUUAAGGAACUCAGCGACAGGGCACAGAUCCCAGUGACUACCACGCUCCAGGGGCUCGGUGCGUUCGAUCAAGAGGACCCUAAAUCGCUAGACAUGCUCGGCAUGCACGGCUGCGCGACGGCUAACCUCGCCAUACAGAACGCAGACCUUAUCAUUGCCGUGGGGGCACGGUUCGAUGACCGUGUCACGGGGAACAUCACCAAAUUCGCACCAGAAGCCAAAAUCGCAGCUCAAGAGAACAGAGGUGGUAUUAUCCACUUCGAGGUCUCCCCCAAGAACAUCAAUAAAGUCGUAGAGGCACAAGUCGCCGUCGAAGGGGACGCGACAGAGAACAUCGCCACGAUGUUACCUAAAGUGUUCCCCGUGAAACACCGCGCAGAAUGGUUCAAACAGAUCGAACAAUGGAAACAGAAGUUCCCAUACGCGUACAUGAAGGAGACACCAGGAUCCAAGAUCAUGCCGCAGACCGUCAUUGCCAAGCUAUCAAAACUGGCUAACGCGUCCGGCAGGGACGUCGUCGUCACCACGGGUGUCGGGCAACAUCAGAUGUGGGCCGCGCAACACUGGACUUGGAAGAAACCAAGAACAUUCGUCACAUCCGGUGGGCUGGGAACCAUGGGGUUUGGUUUACCAGCAGCCAUCGGCGCACAGGUCGCCAAACCGGACGCUAUGGUCAUCGACAUAGACGGGGACGCUUCUUUCAACAUGACCCUCACGGAACUCAGCUCCGCAGUUCAAGCGGGGACCCCUGUCAAAAUACUACUAUUGAACAACGAAGAACAAGGUAUGGUCACCCAAUGGCAGUCUCUCUUCUACGAGAACCGUUACUCCCACACGCACCAGCGCAACCCAGAUUUCCAGAAACUGUGCGAGGCCAUGGGCGUCAAGCCCCUUAAGGCCUCAAGACAGGAGGAACUGGACUCAGCACUUGAACAGUUCGUCGAAGCGGAGGGACCCGUACUUCUAGAGGUCAUUGUAGAGAAGAAGGUCCCCGUCUUGCCCAUGGUCCCCGCGGGUAAGGGGCUCGACGAGUUCAUAAACUUCGACCCAGAGGAGGAGAAGAAACAGAACGAGCUUCGUCACAAGCGCACAAAGGGCAAGCACUGA